AUGGCGUCCACAAUGCCAAAUGCAAUUGCGCGGGAAAAUUUGAAGAAUCAAAACGGAAUGUGCAAAGACUCGGAGAGAAUAGACAAAGACAACAGUUACUGUAUCGAGUGCUCGCGGGAAAUCGUCGACCAGAACAUGAACGAGACGAGACAACUGUCUGAAAUACAGAAGUUUUACGACCGCAAAAAUGUCCUCAUUACUGGCGCUACGGGUUUUCUUGGCAAGAUCCUGGUUGAAAAGCUACUACGGAGCUGCCCAGGGGUGGAGAACCUCUACUUGCUGGUUCGGCAGAAAAGAGGAAAGGAUAUAUACACGAGGAUCGAGGAGAUUUUUGAAGAUCCGAUGUUUAAUCUCUUGAAGAAAGAAGUGCCAAAGUUCAGACACAAAAUUGUGGUCAUCCCAGCGGAUUGCGAAUCGCCAGGACUUGGAUUGACCAUACACGACAGACAAGUUAUUGUCGAAAAGGUCCACGUAAUAUUUCACUCGGCUGCUACGGUGAAGUUCGACGAACACUUGCGAGCAGCACUACUCACCAAUGUGCAGGCGCCUUUAUAUUUGCUGCAGUUGGCUAGAGAAAUGAAGGAAUUGAAGGCCUUCAUGCAUAUAUCGACGGCGUACUCCAACUCUCAUUUGUCGUCAAUAGACGAGAAGUUCUACCCGAUUGAGGCGGAUUGCAGCCAUUUACAGGAGAUGAUAGACAAACUGACAGAUUCUCAGAUCAAUGAAGUUCUUCCACAAAUACUUGGUCAAUGGCCUAACACAUACACCUUCACGAAAGCUUUAACUGAAAAGGAGCUUCGCAAGGCAUGCGCAGGAGUUCCCUUGGGUAUAUUCAGGCCAGCGAUUGUGACAUCAACAGCCAAGGAACCCCUAAAGUGUUGGCUGGACAACAUGUAUGGGCCGACAGGUGUCGCUGUAGGCAGUAUGACAGGAAUGCUACGAACAAUUCAAUGCGACGAGAACGUAACCGCCGACCUUGUACCCGUUGACUCAGUGGUGAAUUGUCUGAUCGCCGCCUCCUAUGACGUCAGCCAAAAGUACAGGAGUAGGUCACCGCCCAGCGAACCCCCCAUUUUUAAUUACGUCAGCUCCGUGGAGAACAAGAUCACGUGGGGAGACUUCAUGCGCCAGAACAUGGCGAGGAUCGACAGGCAUCCGCUCUCUAAUGCUGUUUGGUACAUAUCAUUAACCUUGAACAGGUCAGCUCUAAUGAAUCAGAUUUACGUAUUCUUCCUUCAUUUAGUUCCGGCAGUGUUCAUCGACGGCUUAGCUUCGUGCUUUGGGAGGAAACCACAAAUGCUGAAGGUAUACCGAAAAAUUCACAAAUUCUCAUCUGUGAUUUGCUAUUUUUCAACAAAAGAGAUCUCUUUCUGCAACCGACGAACGAGGGAAUUGUGGGACAAGACUGCAGAAUUGGAUAAACAGAUAUUCCCGUUUAGCAUGAAACAAUUAGACUGGGAGGAGUACUUCGACGAAUACUUGGCGGGGAUCAGACGGUAUCUCUUCAAAGAGGCAGACGAAACAUUACCGCAAGCUAGGAUUAAGUGGAAAAGACUAUACUAUCUGCACCAGAUAGUCAGGAUUUGUUUCUACGCAUUUGCAUUCUACUGUAUAUGGUCGAUUCUAACGAAAAUAUUCUAG